UUUUGGGCUGGAUCAGGAGGGAUCCUGCAUCUUUAUCGGCAGAGUAGACUGUCAGUCUCACUGAGGAGCAGUUACGAGGGCGGGCUUUUAUUCAGGUGGAGCGCACAAACGAUAGUUAGGGGCGCAAAUCCGAAUUGCUAAUCUACCGUGUCUAUAGACCACCAUCACAGGUUUUUGACAUCAGUGAUGCAGCUUCAUCGAAAAGGUUGGUGGUCCCUGUCACCGACAUGAUUAGGUACAAAGAAAGUGUUCGGAGAGGGAGUUAAGGUGCCCUGUGAUACAGCGGGGCAGUAGAGGAGUAAGGAUCCAAAUAUUCUGGACUAGGGAACAGUGUUCAAAAUCUUUUGAGGGACCAGGAUGCCCAAAGAGGUGGGCUGUGGGGGAGAGCGAGAGCAUGCUGCUCGGCCAGCCAGCAAGAAUGCUAAGGACAAGAGCAACAGCGCCGCCCUGCUGGCAUCCCGUGCCAGAGCGCAUGAUCAGCAGGAGGCCAACGACCGUGGCUCCCGCUGUAGCUCGGAGAAAGACUCGGGUUACUCGGACACUGGGUCAGACUCACUGCAGAUGGACGCUGAAGAGCAGCGGAGUGUAGUGAGUCAACCUCCAGGCCAUAUUUUGGUGUCUGGCACUCCUGAACUCACCCCUAUAUUCAUCAUCAAGAAUGUAGUGCUCAAACAGCUGGUGCAGUCUGGUCAGGAGCAUCUCCUGCAGUCUCCUCCACCAUGGGGAGCAGGAGGGUCUGGCACUCAGGCUCCCACCCAUGUCCUCCUGCUGCAGCAGCCAGGAGCAACCCCAACCACCGCCCCCCCACAUGCCCUAAAACCCCGGCAGCAACCUCAGGGGCACGAGAGUGGAGCCAGCAAGAAGAACAAGAACUUGUACCUCCCCAUUCUUAACUCUUACCCUCGCAUAGCUCCUCACCCCAGCAAGAAGACACCUGAGAAGCCUCCCACUGGCAGGGCUCCUGCCACAGAGGAGCACAGCCUGAGUAAGAGGGUGUGCAUGGAGGAGAAGAGGGAAGAGGUGUCCACCACCACUAGUAACACCGCCCUGAAGAGCACGCCCAAACAGCAUUUCCUCAAGCAGCCCAAGAACCGCUCCAACUCUUAUUCUUGUUCUCUCUCAGCAGACUGUGAGUCAAUGGCUGUGGCUCAGCAGUAUCGGAGCCCAAGACCCCCCUCCAGUCCCCCCACCUCCCUUAGUCUGGGCUCACCCUCCGUGUCCAGUUCUGAAACAUCCCCUCCUCCUCCAUCCACCUGUGACCCCGCUGCACCUUGCCCCCAGGACAGAGCAGGUCCUCACAGACGCGCAACCGAACCCAGCUGUGUCUCUGGGUCCGGUGCCAGUCACAAACCUUUGUCAGGCUCUGCACGUCAUCAGCGUUUCCUGAACACGGUGGAGAUCCUUAGCCAGUCAGGCUUAUUGGACAUCACGCUUCGCACACAGGAGCUUCUGCGUCAGAGCGCUGCCACCGAACGAGAUAUCGCCCAGCUCCGUCAGCAUACCCAGCUGCUCUGCCAGGCAACACAGGCUGGUGCCAAUGCACCAUCUGCCUGGGAGGAGCUCCAUCAGGUCAUGGCUGAAUCUGGACACUACCCCAACCUCAAGUGCCUAACCAUGGAGGAUGCAGAGUGCAAAGACCGGUCGUCAACUAAACAGGAGAUGGAGGCAGACACCAGCACCAGAUCAGACAGCAUCGUGUACAGGUACGGGCAAAACGGCAGUGAAGAAGUGGCACCACCUUCGCCACUCCUUGCCCUGACGCCUGAUUUAGACUGCCUAGUGGAUCAGCAUGGCUCGUCCUUUGUCAAUGACACCUUCGGGCACCGGGGGAGUGCUAGACCCCCGGACGAACACCUCAUGCCUGCAGAUAGCUCGACACAUGGCAGCCUGCUGUAGAGUAUUUCCAAGGAGUUGUUGUCUUUCUCAAGCCAACUUCUGAUAAGCACUGAACAUUGUAAUGGUGUAGAGGCAAAAGAGCUCCUUUUUUAUUGUUAUUACUCAUUUACAUCCCUUUGAUUCGGUAGCUUUCCCAUCCCCCAAUAUCUCCCAUUGCUGUGAUUCUAGAGUUCUGAUGGCAUCUCAGGGUUAUCCACCCACCCCCUCCCAAAAAAAGCAACAAAUGCUGUGCCAUCCUCCGUUUAUUCAUGCUCCUGCCAUUUUUACAAUCAACCAUCACCCAAAGUGUCUGAUGUGAGCCACAGCAACUGCAUACGUUUGCCUGAGAAGGGAUCUGGAUGCCUGAUGUGUACUCCUGUUAAAAUGCACUCAUUUGCAUAGAGGGGAGAAACUACGACUGUAACCCAAAGUGUGUGUGUGAGUGUGAUUGUGCAUGUGAGACACCCACUGAUACACGUUUCAUAGUGACACUAGGAACUGCAUUAGCACUCAAGCUAAUGUAUUACUUAGAAGCUUCUAUAUAUUCAAAGGGGUUUUUUUCCCCGCCGUUGUUCUUUUGAUAAGAGGAAUAAGGAAACAGACACUCUGAUUGUGAGGCAUUUGCUGCAGGAGAAGCUGGAUGAUGGAUGAUUUCCUGUGUGGCACAGUGGGGAUUGGGGCAAAUUGUGUGUGUACGUGCUUUUGACUCUACCACUCAUGAACACUUGACUGAUUUCCAUAUCUUGGAGCAAAGACUCACAUGAGAGAGAUACCUCACACAAAAAUCAUCAGAUGUCAUUGUUUCCAGGCACGGGGCAUGGGACUGGGUGGCAGUGUCUCCUUCACAUUUCAAUGAUCUCAUGCCAGGCAGUUGGGAUUUUUGAAUUUUGCCCUUGUCCUUAGGUUUGUACAGUACCAAAUCAACUGCCACACCGGUUAAGAGGGCGAAUUCCAUUGACCAGAACGAUUAAGAGGUUGUAUGCUUGAGGGAAACUGGGCGAAGCUUCAAAGAUGAUGGGUCCACUCGACUCUCUUCUUUUCAUUUUUUUUUCCUUCUUUCCCUCUUUUCAAUUUUUGACUAGUUUUGCAUCGAGUUUGUACCUGUGAUGUUCUUGGUGUAAGUGGUAUUUUUUGGUGUCAGCCUUAAUGUUCUCUGUCUCAUUAUUCAGACUGCACCCGGAUUGUGGCACAUUUUAAUUCACUUGACUCAGUAUAGAUCAUUUUUCUGACGUCCAUCACUUCUUUUCCCUAUCAAAGAGAUUUUCCAUGCCUUUUAAAAUAAAGGCAGUUAUGCUUAAUGGCAGUGGGGACUGAAGGGUAUUAUGUCACAGUUUAAUAACAUGGUGAUUCUUUUUUCUGUUCCUAUUCCUUUCCUGUGUAUAGAUGAAUUGUUGAUACAAUCUUGAUUUUCAUUUUGGUAGCACUGUAAGGGUGAAUCUGAGCUGUUAUAUAGCAAUGAAGACAGACUUGUUUGAAGCAAUGGAUCAGGCCUGUGUGUGUGUGUGUGUGUGUGUGUGUGUGUGUGUGUGUGUGUUUUGGAAGACGUGGAUGUGUUGACUGAAUGUGAUGUAAAUAAAAGCCAAUUUGAGUGUAGCUGAUCAAACACAGUUUCCUAUGUAGCUCCUAGGGAAGGAGGACUGACUCACCUGAGAGGUCUGUGUGUGUGUGUGUGUGUGUGUGUGUGUGUGUGCAACUGAAAGCGAGGAUGAUGUCUCUUUCAUUUUCAUGCUGUGUUUCCCUAAUAGGUCACUGUACCGCUGCCAAUGUGCACAUUACACUACGAGAAAAAAAAAACAUUAAAAAGACGUGUUGAAAGAC